AUGGAUCAGGAGGAGCCGCCCAUCCUCACCGCAGUCUCUAGCUCGGCCCGCCAACUUUUUCUGCUACUCCGCUGCAUUGCCUUCUCUACAAAAGCAUACAUCCAGCUGAGCGAAGUCGGCCUUCAAGUUUCGGUUGACGAGGCUAGCUCUAUGGGAGCAUCCGCUUUCCUUGACAAAUCCCUUUUCACAACCUACACCUACCACGCACCGCCCCUCACCCAGCACUCUGUUCAAGACUCGGACGAUUCCGAAGAUGACACCGAACCCACCAGCUCCACGCCCACCUUUCAAAUCUCUCUUCCCGCCCUCCUAGAAACCCUUCAAAUCUUCGGUCUCACCGAUCCCUCAUCCUCGAAGCCAUCAUGGGCUCGCGACAACCCAUAUCCAACCAGCACCGCCUUUUCCAAUAAUGUCCUGGGAAUGAACAACUUAUGUCGCAUCUCCUACGCUGCAAUAGGUGCACCCUUCUCCAUAACCCUGACGGAAGCCAGCAUCCGAACCCAAUGCGACUUGACAACAUACGAGUCGGCAAACUGGGUGGACGUACCCUUCGACCCCCUCGCACUAGCCUGUAAAAUCAUCAUGCCCGCAUCACACCUCUUCGACGCAAUAUCGGAGCUCAGCGCCACAAGUCCAGAAAAACUAGUCCUGUACGCGCGCACUGUGCGAGGCAAACCCUUCCUAGCCUUCAGCGCACAAGGCACCCUCGGCAGCGCAAGAGUCGAGUUCAGCAAUCAACACGACAAUGCCCACCCUAAGACGAGAAACUCUAUCCGUACCAGCACAAACGCGGCUCCUGCUACCCCCAUCCCAGCCACUCUCUUCGAAACAUUCCAGCUCUCUGACACAGACUCUGUCCUUAGAUGCACAUUUAAAUUCAGUCUUGUCCAAAAGGCUGCCAGGACCAUGAGUGUGGCCAGAAAGGUCAGCUUGCGGAUUGAUGCCCAGGGCGUGCUGAGUUUAAAUUUCAUGGUGGCUGUUGAGGGGAGCGGACAUGCUGUAGGGGGAAGUGCAGCAUCGGCGUCUGUGUCUGCGUCUGCGGCAGAGCGCGGUGCAGUGGAUGAGAAGGUGAACUUUGUCCAUUUCAAGUUUGUGCCGUUGGUGGAGGAGGACGAGGGGGAUGACGAGGAUGGCGGGUUGGCGGAUGAGACGGUGAUGAUGGGUGUGGGUGGGGAAAAUGAGGGGAGUGAGGGAGAUGAGUAUGAUGAGUUGUGA